AUGAGGGCUGCCUUCGCUAGGAGUGCUGCCUUCGAAAGGAGUGCUGCCUUCGCAAGAAGUGCUGCCUUCGCUAGAAGUGCUGCCUUCGCUAGGAGUGCUGCCUUCGCAGGGAGUGCUGCCUACGCAGGGAGUGCUGCCUUCGCAAGGAGAGCUGCCUUUGCACAAAGUGCUGCCUUUGCAGGGAGUGCUGCCUUUGCACAGAGUGCUGCCUCCGCAAGGAGUGCUGCCGUUGCAUGGACUGUUGCCUUCGCAAGGAGUGCUGCCUUUGCAAGGAUUGCUGCCUUCGCAAGGAGUGCUGCCUUCGCUAUGAGUGCUGCCUUCGCUAGGAGUGCUGCCUUCGCUAGGAGUGCUGCCUUCGCAGGGAGUGCUGCCUACGCAGGGAGUGCUCCCUUCGCAAGGAGAGCUGCCUUCACAAGGAGUGCUGCCUUCGCAAGGAGUGCUGCCUUCGCAAGGACUGCUGUCGCACGGAGUGCAGCCUUCGCACAUAGUGCUGCCUUCACACGGAGUGCUUCCUUUGACAGAGUGCUGCCUUCGCAAGGAGUGCUGCCUACGCAGGGAGUGCUGCCUUCGCAAGGAGUGCUGCCUUCGCAAGGAGUGCUGCCUUCGCAAGGAGUGCUGCCUUCGCACGGAGUGCAGCCUUCGCACUUAGUGCUGCCUUCACAUGGAGUGCUUCCUUUGACAGAGUGCUGCCUUCGCAAGGAGGGCUGCCUUCGCGAAAAGUGCUGCCUUCGCAAGGAGUGCUGCCUUUGCACAGAGUGCUGCCUUUGCAGGGAGUGCUGCCUUUGCACAGAGUGA